AAAAAUUGUAUAUGGUAAUGUAAUAUAAAUUUAGAGAAUUAUUGUAGUAUUAAUUUCAUUAUAAUCUAUUACUAAUAAGAAAAGCCCUAAUUUCUGACUAGAAGAACAAACUUUAUGCUUUUUCUUCCACUGAAAAAUGUCAAAUGCUCUUCCUUUUUCUACAAUUUAAAUAAAAAGAAAUAAAUAUUAAAAAAAAAACAGCUAUAAAAGCCAAAAACAAACGCUAAAAACCACCUCUGACCUUUUCUUCAUUAGUCUUUCUUCUUUCUUCUCUAUCUCCCUCUCUUCAGAAUUGAGAUCACAUAACGGAAAAAAUGGAUACAGCAUUACCUUCUUCUACGCCGGAGCUCGAACUGGAUAAUCUGAAGGCUCUCAAAGUUCUGGGAAAAGGAGCCAUGGGAACCGUCUUCUUGGUCUACGACCGUACAGCUGACCCAUCUGCCAGCUCCCCUUUCGCUGUCAAAGUAGUGGACAAAUCCUCAAUCCACACGAAGCUCGACGCUGACCGUCGUGCCCGUUGGGAAAUCCGUGUUCUCUCACGUUUGUCUCACCCGUUUCUUCCUUCUCUAAUGGGCUCCUUCGAGGCCCACGAUUUCUUGGGCUGGGCUGUACCUUACUGCCCAGGCGGCGACCUCAACGUCCUCCGCUACCACCAGACCGACCGAGUCUUCUCUUACACCGUGAUAAGAUUCUACUUGGCCGAGAUUGUCUGUGCUCUAGAAUACAUCCAUUCCAUGGGGAUCGCUUACCGUGACUUGAAACCAGAGAACGUACUAAUUCAGCAAUCUGGUCACGUGACCCUGACGGACUUCGACCUCUCACGGAGCCUCAAACACAGAACCGUCGUAACCGUAAUCUCAGCUGAAGACAGCAAGUCAACUCUCCCCCCAGAAACUCGCCGUAAACACCGGCGGAACCUCACGCGCUGGAUCGCAACCGCCAUUCCCGGUGAUCUCGGUACUAGUACCCGUCCCAACAGCAGUAAUAAUAAUAAUACUGGAUUAAAAAAAGCCAAGUCAGCACGAGUUAGCCCAGUGAGUCGACAGAAAACGAGUUUCUCUAACGGCGAACGGUCCCACUCAUUUGUUGGAACGGAAGAGUACGUGUCACCCGAGGUGGUCCGUGGCGAAGGGCACGAGUUCGCGGUGGACUGGUGGGCUCUGGGGAUUUUGACGUACGAGAUGAUGUAUGGGACGACGCCGUUUAAGGGUAAGAAUCGUAAAGAAACGUUUCGGAAUGUUUUGAUGAAACGUCCCGAGUUCAUAGGGAAACCCUCCGCUUUAACGGAUUUGAUCGGACGGUUGUUAGAGAAGGACCCCACCAGGCGAUUGGGGUACGCAAGAGGCGCCACCGAGAUCAAGGAACACGAAUUCUUUAGCGGGCUCAGGUGGGACCUACUAACCGACGUUUUACGACCUCCGUUUAUUCCGUCCCGUGAAGAAGACGGUGAAUUAAAGAAAUGUUUAAAGGCUGAUGCCGGUUUUGAUAUUCGGGAGUACUUCCAAAAAUUGAGGUCACCACCGUCACCUGAUUGUCAACUGUUACCGGAGUUCUGACGCACGUGUGAGAGAUGGCGCACGUAACAACUUCUUACUUAUCGCCCUAUCCUUUUCCUUAAAACAAUAAUUAUAUACAAAAUACAAAUACACAAUUUCUUUCUUUUUCUUCUUCUUUUCUUUUUUUUUUAAAAAAAAAACAUUUGGAGCCAGUGUUGUGUACAUAUAAAACGGCGUUCGUUGAGAUGUAUUGUAAAAUAAUUAGAUUUUUGUACAGUAGUAUAACAUCUUUAAUCA